UCCCUUCAUAUCCGAGCUCCUGGUGUCGUAUAACAUCAGUUUGGCCCAGCUUACCCCCAAAUCUAUGAGGCACAUCAUCGGAUUUAGAUGGGUGUGCGAUUUUAUUAACUUUCCAUGCUCUGUUGCCGUGUUUCGGGAUCUGCACGAUCUGUCUUUCAACCACGCUUCCAAGGGGGAUGGGUAUGGUUGGUGGACCAUUAUCAACAAAAGAUCCCGAAGAAAGGGGGAGCCGAACUAUAUUACGGCCUACCCUUACCUCAGCUCUGAUCAUAACUGGAAGACGGAGUGGUUGUUCGUUCGUGUGCCGACAGAUCCGAAGCAUCCACAUUUUUACCGCCCUCCGAAGUGGUUUGUGACUCCUGAUCCUGAUAUGCGAAGCGUGGCUGCUCCGGAUCGGAACCAUCACCACUACGUGGAUCUCCUCCAGUGGUUUUUGGCUCGGGAGGACAACUACAAAUUGCCGUCCAACUGGCUCCCGAACCUCAACUAUAUCUUGCGGGAGGACAUUCUUGCUGUUGCCGGUCUCAGCAGGAUUUUUGACAGGGAGUACGGCUUCAGCUGCGUUGAUCCUGUGGUCUUGGGUAUUUCUUUGGAUCUGAAGACCAUUCACGACUUGAUUAUAAGUUCGGGAAGGAGAAUCCUCGUAAUCCUCGUUUGA